AUGCCUCAAGCUCAGCCUGAAUUGAAGAAGUACAUGGAGAAGCGGGUCUUCUGCCAACUGAACGGCAACCGCAAAGUCAUUGGCAUCCUCCGAGGUUACGAUGUAUUCAUGAACCUUGUCCUCGACGAAGCAUUCGAGGAGAAGGCGGGUGGAGAGAAGGUCUCUAUCGGCAUGGUGGUGAUUCGCGGUAACUCGGUCGUCAUGCUCGAGGCUUUGGAGCGGAUAAGCGACAAAUAA